CGGCCUUGGGUCAAGGUUCUUCCCUGUUGCUGAGAGGCUGCACAACUAAUUCCAACGAACAGAUGUGGCUGUGAAGUUCUCCUGAGGGGUCUUUGACAUAUUUGGAGUUGUUGUCUCUUCAGUGGAAGCUUCCGUGCAGAUAUUUCGAACAAAAUUAUGGAGCCUCACAGACAAGAUUGGAAGAUUGCAACCGCACUGUCCUUAGGAAGAUACCACAUUUCUGAAGAUUAUGGCUUUCUUCUUCCAAAUCCUCUGAAAGAACUUCCAGAUCACUAUAGACCUUGGAUGGAAAUUGCCAAGAAACUUCCUCAGUUGAUUGAGAGUCACCAGCUGCAAGCUCAAGUGGACAAGAUCGCAGCUGCCCUCACCGCCUCCCCACUGUUUCAACUCAGCCUCUGUGGACUUCUUCUUGACCAGAUGCCCCUCCUGGACUGCCAGCUCCUGAAGGGUUACAGGGAGCAGCGCCUGGCCCGCUUGGUGCUGAGCUUCAUUGCCAUGGGGUACGUGUGGCAGGAAGGAGAGACACAGCCUAGAGAGGUUCUGCCAAGGAAUCUUGCCAUGCCCUUCGUGGAGGUCUCCAGGAUGUUGGGGCUCCCUCCCAUCCUGGUCCACUCAGACAUGGUGCUGACGAACUGGACUAAGAAGAACCCACAAGGACCCCUGGAAAUCGGGAACCUGGAGACCAUCAUCGCCUUUCCUGGCGGGGAGAGCCUGCGUGGUUUUAUACUAGUGACGGCUUUGGUGGAGAAGGCCGCAGUGCCUGGCAUUAAGGCCGUGGUGCAGGCGGUGAACGCCAUCUUGCAGCCCAGCCAGGACGCGCUGCUCCAAGCCCUGCAGGACCUGAGCCUCUCCAUUCAGGACAUGACCAGAGCCUUAGGACAGAUGCACGGCCUCGAUUAUGUAGACCCCGACAUAUUUUAUGCAGUUAUCCGAGUCUUCCUCUCUGGAUGGAAAGAUAACCCAGCAAUGCCAACCGGGCUGAAGUAUGAAGGUGUCUCUGAGGAGCCCCUGCAAUACUCGGGGGGCAGUGCAGCUCAGAGCACAGUGCUUCAUGUCUUUGAUGAGUUCUUAGGUGUCCGUCAUGGCAAGGAAAGUGCUGACUUUCUGCACAGAAUGAGAGACUACAUGCCGCCUUCUCACAAGGCCUUCAUAGAAGAAGUCCGGGCAGCUCCUGCACUGAGGGACUUCAUCCUGUCCUCUGGACACGACCACUUCCUGGCCGCCUACAACCGGUGCCUGGAGGUGCUGGUGGAGCUGCGCAGCUACCACAUCACCAUUGUGACCAAAUACCUCAUCACAGCUGCAGCCAGAGCAAAGGGCAGGAGGCUGAACCAGCCCCCGGGGCUAGCAGAGCUACCGCAGGCCUGCAGGGGCACGGGCGGAACUGCUGUGCUCACUUUCCUGAAGAGUGUCAGGGAUAAGACCUUGGAGACAAUCCUCCACCCCAGGGGUUAGGAGUCUGCCCUCUCCCUCGCAAUGCAGAGGAAGAGGGUCAGCAUUGCCUGGAAUCACCCAGAGGGACCUCAGCCCAUUCAUUUCUGUCUAUAGGACAACACAUUCUCCUGUGCUGAGAGCUGUUGUCCUCAGAGAAGAGUGGACAUGGCCCAAGAUUCCCUUCUUGACCAGAUCGCCACCCCAUGGAAAAUAGCUCUGGACAUGUCCUCAUUCAAAACCCCACAGAAGAAUGACUGGAUCUCAUUCUGUUUGAUGAGUAAUUAAAAAAACAGUGUAAAUUACAAAACAAAUCAAUAAAAUCAAUAAAAUCA